CACUUUUUUCCGUGCAGACAGAUUCAGAUUCUGAACUGGAUUAAUCCGUGGUUGAGUUCAGAUUUGAGAAGAUGGCGUCGAGCGACAAGCAACCGGCGGCGGUAGCGGCAAAGGAAGACGCUCCUCAGCCGCCAGGAAAGCCGAUGACGAUGAUGCAGGCGGUGAUCGACAGAGGAGCUCAGAUGGUGCAGUCUCUGAAGCCAAUGAAGGGGAUGAGCCAGCACGUGUGCACCUUCGCCCUCUACGCCCACGACCUAACUCGCCAGAUGGAGACGCACCACUACAUCUCUCGCCUGAACCAGGACUUCCUCCAAUCCGCCGUCUACGAUUCCGACGAUUCCAACGGCCGCCUCAUCGGAGUAGAGUAUAUUGUUUCGGAUCGAAUUUUCGAGGCGUUGUCUGCGGAGGAGCAGAGGCUGUGGCACUCCCACGCGCACGAGGUCAAAUCGGGUCUCUGGGUUAACCCACGGAUCCCCGAUUCGAUAGCCCGGCCCGAGUUGGACGAUAUGGCCAAAACCUACGGCAAGUUCUGGUGCACCUGGCAGCUUGAUAGGGGGGAUAAGCUGCCGGUGGGAGCACCGGCGCUUAUGAUGUCGCCGCAGGCGGAGAGUCCGGGGAAGGUGAAGGCGGAACUAGUGGGGCGGAGGGACGAGAGAUAUAAGAUAUCGACGGCGGAGAUAGCGGAGGGGAGAAUGGAUGUGGAGGAGGCAGAGGUGGAAGACUCUGAAGCUGACUACUGGAGGAAGCACCCAGGGAAGGGCCUUGCCAUUGACAUAUCUUAGAGAAACCCAUAGCCGAGCCAUAGCUUGGUGUCAGUGUUGCAACUUCUGGUCUACUAGGGUUUUGGGUCUUGUAAAGUUGACAACAGAGAUCUUAGAUAUAAUAAUAAUAAUAUUACUUUAAUUUGAU